CCAAAGGAACCUUCUUUUAGACUAAUGAUCGAUGAGGUUCGCUUAGCUUAGCUUCGCUUAGGUGCACCAAAAUGAUCCCAUCGAUCAUUCCAUUUAUAUAUCUCUUUCUCGCCUUCUCUUUCGCCAUUGCAUCGAUGAUCUUCCUCGUCCCUUCCCUCUUCGCCUUCCUAAAGUCCUCCACGCCUCGAAUCAUGCCUGCCAAGAUCGCGCUUUCGUUUGUUUUCUUAGUACUUGUGUCUGUUUCUUGCCAUGGAGUUUCUGACAACAGGGAGUUUCGAUUCUUCACUGCUGUGGCGAAGAAAUCGUUGUCGGGUAAUUCUUUGGCGCGGUGGGAUUCCGGGAGAUGGGAGAGUUAUUGCAACUUUACAGGGGUGUCCUGUAAUGAUCAGGACAGGGUUGUAGGAAUUGAUGUCUCUGGAUGGUCCUUGACUGGCAAGUUCCCUGAUGACAUAUGCAGCUAUCUUCCCCAGCUUCGAAUCCUUCGAGCCGGCAACAACAGGUUCGCCGGAAACUUCCCUGUCGGAAUCCUCAGCUGCUCUUUCUUGGAAGAGCUGAAUAUGAGCUCUGCAGGUUUCAACGGUCCAUUGCCGGAUUUUUCGCCCUGGAGGGCGAUUAAGGUUCUUGAUUUGUCCUACAAUAAGUUUUCCGGCGACUUUCCGAUGUCUGUCGCGAAUCUGACUAGUCUUGAGAUGCUGUUCUUCAAUGAGAAUGAGAAUGAGAAGCUCAACUUUUGGGAGAUGCCUGAGAACAUAUCAGGCCUGGUGAAGCUCGAAACAAUGGUUUUAACGUCGUGUAAGCUCCGAGGUGAGAUCCCACGAUCAGUUGGGAACAUGACGGCGCUGGUGGAUCUCGAGCUUAGCGGCAACUACCUGACUGGCCGGAUUCCGGUGGAGCUCGGUCGCCUGAGGAAUCUGCAGCAGCUGGAGCUGUACUACAAUCAGCUCAACGGGGAGAUUCCCGACGAGCUCGGGAACUUGACGGAGCUUCGCGACUUGGACAUGUCGGAGAACAACUUCAGCGGGAGGAUUCCGGCGUCGAUUUGCCGGCUGCCGAAGCUGGAAGUUCUCCAGGCUUAUAACAGCGGGCUGGCAGGGCCAAUUCCAGGGGUUAUUGCAAACUCAACUACCUUGAACACAUUGUCUCUUUAUGGCAAUUUCUUGUCAGGGGAAAUCCCGCAGGAUCUCGGAAAAUCGUCGGUUUUCGUGGUCCUCGAAUUGUCGGAGAACAACCUGACGGGGAGGCUGCCGGAGGGGCUGUGCCGCCGUGGGAAGCUGAAGUAUCUUCUUGCUCUUAAGAACAUGCUCUCCGGGGAGCUGCCGGAGAGCUAUGUCGAGUGUAAGUCGCUUAUUCGAUUUCGUGUUAGUAAUAACAAUUUGUCGGGGAAGCUCCCCGAUGGGAUUCUGUCGCUGCCGCAUGCGUCGAUUAUUGACGUGGCGUACAAUCAAUUCACGGGUUCGAUCGAUAGAUCGAUCAAGGAUGCGAGGAAUCUGUCGGAGCUGUUCUUGCAGGGGAACCGGAUCUCCGGUGUGAUCCCGCCGGAGAUCUCAUUGGCGACGGGCCUGGUGAAGAUUGAUCUCAGCUUUAACCUUUUGUCGGGACCGAUCCCGCCGGAGAUCGGCGGCUUGAAAUGGCUCAAUCUCUUGCUCUUGCAAGGAAACCGGCUGAAUUCGUCGAUCCCGGAAUCGCUUUCGUCGCUCGCUUCGCUUAAUCUUCUCGACUUGUCGAACAAUCGCCUGACGGGUGACGUCCCCGACGCCCUGUCGAAGCUACUCCCGAAUUCGAUGAACUUUUCGAACAAUCAGCUCUCCGGCGCGAUCCCCGCGUCGUUCAUUAAGGGAGGAUUGCUCGAGAGCUUCUCCGGUAACCCGGGUUUGUGUGUCCAUUCCUACCGCGGCCUGUCGCGCGCAACCGAAUUCGCCGUCUGCUCGCAAUCGUACAACAGGAAGAAGGUAAACUGUAUCUGGCUGAUCAUCGUCUCUGUCGCGAUCACAGUCGUCGGAUCGAUCCUUUUCGUGAGGCUCCGGUUCAGCCGAGGGAAGGAAGUUAUGGACAAUGAGGACACGUUGUCGUCGUCGUCCUACGACGUGAAGAGCUUCCAUCGCCUGACCUUCGAUCAGAGGGAGAUCAUCGAAGCGAUGGUGGACAAGAACGUUGUCGGUUACGGAGGCUCCGGGACGGUCUACAGGAUCGAGCUGAGCAGCGGCGAAGUCGUUGCUGUCAAGAAGCUGUGGAGCAGCAGUCGGAAGGCGAAGACGUAUCCAUUGAUGUCUGAUCACGACAACCAAACGCUCGACAAGGAGCUCGCGACGGAAGUCGAGACUCUCGGGAGCAUCAGACACAAAAAUAUCGUCAAACUCUAUUGCUACUUCUCGAACGUCGACUUCAGCCUCCUCGUUUACGAGUACAUGCCGAACGGGAACUUAUGGGACGCGCUCCACACCGGAAAGCUCGUCCUCGAUUGGCCAACGCGCCACCGUAUCGCGCUCGGCGUCGCUCAAGGGUUGGCGUACCUACACAACGACUUGAUGCCGCCGAUCAUCCAUAGAGACAUCAAAUCGACGAACAUACUUCUCGACAUAGAUUACCACCCGAAGGUUGCCGACUUUGGCAUCGCGAAAGUCUUGCAAGCGAGGGGGACGAAGGAGUCGACGACGACGGUCAUAGCCGGGACUUACGGGUACUUAGAUCCGGAAUACGCGUACUCGUCUAAGGCGACGACGAAAUGCGACGUGUACAGCUUCGGGGUGGUGCUAAUGGAGCUCGUGACGGGGAAGAAGCCGGUGGAAGCGGAGUUCGGGGAGAACAAGAAUAUCAUAUAUUGGAUAUCGACGAAGGUGGCGACGAAGGAGGGGGCGAUGGAGGUGCUCGACGAGCGUAUAUCGGGACCGUAUAAGGAGGAGAUGAUCAAGGUGCUAUGCAUUGCGAUACGGUGCACGUGCCGGGCGGCGGUGCUGCGCCCGACGAUGAACGAGGUUGUCCAAUUAUUGGUGGAGGCAGAUCCGUGCCGAUGUUGUAAGGCCGCGGCCGCAGCUAAAGAACCGCAGACCGGGGCUAAGUGAUGAUUGAAUAUAUAUAUAUAUAUAUAUAUAUGAUGAGUUGAAGAGUAUAAUAGAUGUCUAGUUUGGACAUUAUGAGUUAGGAGGUAAAGGGAGUGUUUGUAUUUCAUAAAAAAGAAGAAAAAUGUCUACUUGUUUGUUUGUGCAAGAAUAAUUUUGAUCAUGCUUUUUCUUGGA